AUGUCUCGCCAUCAAAUUGAUCUUGUUAUGUGUUUUAAACAGCCGGGAACACAUGUGGGUCGACUGUGCGAAAAAUGUGAUGGGCGAUGCCCUAUAUGCGAUUCGUACGUGAGACCCAAAAAUAAGGUGCGGAUCUGCGAUCAGUGUGCGUUCGGUGCCAAUCACAAGAAAUGUAUUAUUUGUGGACAAAUGGGUUCUUCUGAUGCGUACUAUUGUUGGGAAUGUUGCAAACUCGAGAAGAACAAGGACGGCUGUCCGAAGAUUCUGAACGUAGGAAGUAACAGAACUGACAAGCAUUUCGAGCGCAAAGACCAGCACGAUUGA